AUUGUGUAAAUUCAUUAUACAAGUCUGGAAAAUACAAAAAGUACCUUAUUUUGUGCAAUAUUUACAAAAUUACCGAUGAACGAAUUAGUACACAAAGUUUUUCGCUCAGUGAAUGGGUUGCUCUCUUUGUUUUUCGCUGCUUACGCACACAAUCAAAUGUUAUAAAUGUGUGCGUUUUGCCCACCACUGCAAUAGAUGCAUAUUAAAACGAAUAUUGUUUGGCAAAAACAACUACGUAACAUUUCAGUGCAACAUUUCAGCCUAGAAGCCUCCUGGUUGGUGGGUGUUGUGGGUGUAUGUGUGUGAGUGAGCAACAGCAAACAGCAAGUGUUUCUCCCAAAAGAGAGAGCGUACAAGUUAAAGAGACAACGCCAGUGCCAGCAAGUGAUAAGUGAGAGGCUCUCCCUUCCAUAGUGGGGGCAUUGUUGGCGCUUUUAUAACGGACCCUCACAGAAGCCGUAGUUGAGUUCAAGUGACGUUCGAAGACGGCAGCGCAGUAGCUAGAACAGAAAACAAAAACAAUAAUAACAACAAUAACAACAACAAUGGCAGCUAUAUGUUAAAGUUAUAUGUACCGUUUGAUUGAUAUAAAUGAAUAUGCAGUUAUACAACUGAAAGGAAAAUAAAAAAAACAACAACAAAAAACCACAAUCACUUUCAUGUGCAAGUGCGCGAGCUUAAUUAAGAGCCAGAGAUGAAUAUCGCAGCAACAAGUGCAAUAAAAAAUCAAAAACAACAAAAAUAGAGUGCCAAAAAAAAAAAACAGAAAACAAAAAUAAUAAAUAUAUAUGUAUAAGACAUGUACAAUGUACAUAUAGAAAUUAUCCGGCAGCGACUUUAAUUAUAACGAGCCACGAAAUCGCUCAAAGAAAUCAACAAGUGUGUGUCUCGCUUUCAUUCAUGCGGUCAACUCAACAACAACAACAACAACUGCAACAACAACAGUAACAAAUAAUAAAUAACAAUAACAAAACAACAGCUGCUAUAACAACAACAAUUCCAACUGAUAAGAGCACUGCAGUUGGGAGAGCAACAACAACAACAACAACAAAGACAGUUAGAAUAUAGUCUAGCCGGUGAGGUUUAAAUCGCGGGCCAUGGCAUUAUGACCGUCUGAUUGGAUCCCAAACCAACACCAUCAACCAUCCACAAUGAAGCAUCCGCAGGACUUGAGUGCCUCCGAAGGACACCAGCUAAUGAAGGUCAACAAGGUGGAGAAAAUGGAGCAGGAGCUGCCAGAGUCUGAAUCGGAAAGUCAUAUAAUGCAUGCCGAUGCCCUGGCGGCUGGAUAUCCGGCUGCAUCCCAGCCCCACAGCCCCAUCGGCCACGCCCUCAGCCCCAACGGCGUCGGCCUGGGACUGAGCAAUAGCAGCAACCAGAGCAGCGAGAAUUUCGCUCUCUGUAACGGAUCGGGCGGCGGAAACGGAAAUGGCAAUGCCGGCAGCGUAGGAGGCGGAAGUGCUAGCAGUGGCAGCAACAACAACAACAGCAUGUUCUCGCCCAACAACAACCUCAGCGGCAACAGCAGCAACAGUCAGUUAUUGCAGCAGCAACAGCAUCAGCAACUGCAGCAGCAACAACAAUCGCCGACAGUAUGUGCGAUUUGUGGAGAUCGGGCGACAGGAAAGCAUUACGGAGCGUCCAGUUGCGAUGGCUGCAAAGGAUUCUUUAGGAGGAGUGUGCGAAAAAAUCACCAAUAUACCUGCAGAUUUUCCCGCAACUGCGUGGUGGACAAGGACAAGCGGAAUCAGUGCCGUUACUGCCGCCUGAGGAAGUGCUUCAAGGCUGGCAUGAAAAAGGAGGCAGUUCAGAACGAACGGGACCGCAUCAGCUGUCGGCGAACCUCAAACGAUGAUCCGGACCCGGGCAAUGGACUGUCCGUGAUAUCCUUGGUCAAGGCGGAGAACGAGUCGCGUCAGUCGAAGGCCGGCGCCGCAAUGGAACCCAACAUUAAUGAGGAUCUCUCCACAAAGCAAUUCGCCAGCAUUAACGAUGUCUGCGAGUCGAUGAAACAGCAGCUACUGACGCUGGUGGAAUGGGCCAAGCAGAUACCAGCCUUCAACGAGCUCCAGCUGGACGACCAGGUGGCCCUGCUACGCGCCCAUGCCGGCGAGCACCUGCUACUUGGUCUGUCGCGUCGUUCGAUGCACCUCAAGGAUGUCCUCCUGCUGAGCAACAACUGUGUGAUUACCAGACACUGUCCAGAUCCUCUUGUGUCACCCAAUUUGGAUAUCUCGAGGAUCGGAGCCCGCAUCAUUGAUGAGUUAGUGGUUGUGAUGAAGGAUGUGGGCAUCGAUGACACCGAAUUCGCCUGCAUAAAGGCCCUGGUCUUCUUUGAUCCCAACGCCAAGGGCCUAAAUGAGCCACAUCGCAUCAAAUCGCUUCGGCACCAAAUACUCAAUAAUCUCGAAGACUAUAUAUCCGAUCGGCAGUACGAGUCGCGCGGCCGCUUUGGUGAGAUCCUGCUUAUCCUGCCGGUUCUGCAGUCGAUUACCUGGCAGAUGAUCGAACAGAUCCAGUUUGCCAAGAUCUUUGGAGUAGCCCACAUCGACUCUCUCUUGCAGGAAAUGCUUCUGGGAGGAGAAUUGGCCGACAACCCGCUGCCUUUGUCGCCGCCGAAUCAGUCAAAUGAUUUCCAGAGCCCCACCCACCACUCUGGUAGCAUGGAAAACAACGGACAAGUCAACUCCACGAUGGAAACACUAUCGUCGGGUGGUGGCACCGGCUCACAUGCAAUGGAUCUGGAAGUGCAACAGAUUCAGGCCCUGAUUGAGGCGAAUACCGCAGAGGAUUCGUUCCGAGCCUAUACUGCUGGCACGGCGGCAGCCGCUGGUGCAGCCUCGAACUCAUCCGCCACGCCCAUCGCAGUGGCACCUGCUGCUAUUUCGCCUCCCCUGAACAGUCCCAAGUCACAACAGCCUCAGCAACAGCAGCAUGUAUCACACCUGCAACAGCAGCCAGACAGCUCCUACUUGGACGUAACAGUCAAGCACUUCAAUGGCAAUCGGUCGGGUGUGGCUGCGUCGCAGCACAGUCCCCAGCGUAUGCAUCCCUACCAAAGAGCGGCCGCGUCGCCGGUUGAUGUGGCCAAUGCUGGAAGCAAUUUGGGUUUUCGCAAUCCCGAAAUGACCCUCAACGAAUACAACCGCAGCGAGGGCAGUAGUGCCGAGGAGCUGCUGCGGCGCACCCCGCUCAAAAUCCGUACAUCAGAGCUGCUCCCAGCGCCGGCUGGCUAUGGGAUGGACCCCUGUCGCAUGACUCUGAAGCAGGAACCAGAGACUGGCUACUAACUGGAAAUAAAAUAUGGUGCAAUAAUGAGUUUGCAAUAGGGCAUCGUGCCACAAACCCACACACAUACUAUACAGGCCUCUCUUGCUGUACCCCACCAAGUGCUAUACAGAGAUGAAAUAUGAAGAUAAUGAACUUACUUAAUUGUUAUGCCUUGACCCCCUUUUUGAUACAUUUUUUAGUCCUUAAGUAGGUAUCAUGGAAAUUGUUGCUUAAUUUUUAAAUGUUUAACGCAAUUGCAAUCUAUUUUUGGAGUCAUAUUUUGUCCAAGAACUAUAUAUUAUAUACCUUUAUACAUAUGUAUAUUGUCUACACCCUAGCAUGUACUAAGUUUGUUGGUUAUUUGGUUAUUACAUAUAUCCUUGAGCAUGGAUCACAAAGCUUUUUACAUUAGGCCAUGCAAUAUAUUGUUUUCGGUUAGGGUGUUAUCUAGAUUAUGCGCUGAAAGUGUAAAUUAUAUUUAAUGCUAAACAAAGAACUAUUUUUAUAUGAGUAUGUAUAAAAUACAAACUAUUUUAAGAUGGCUGAAUGAAUAAAUGCAAAGUAAGAAUAUAAAAAUAUCGGAGAGAGUAAUAAAAAAAACAUGUAUUUGA